AUGGAACAACCGAGUGACAACAUCUCUCAAGAACAAACACGUGAGUCUCUCAUCGCCAUCUCUUACACUUCACCCGAGGAGGAGGAGUCCUCAGAUGUGAAACCUUUCAUCACUUCCACAAACGGAGUCACCACCAAAGAAAACAAAAACAACAACGAGGAUGCAGAAAAGCUCAGAUCCGAGCUGAUUUCAAUCUCCUACGACCAGUCACCGGAUGUAGCUGCUGUUUCUCCGACUCUCCCAAACGGUAUCUGA